GAUGCAAAUAGUUUUCUAUAUACAAAUAAAUAUUGUCCAAAGAUGAAGGUUUAGGUGAAAUGCAACCAUCUAUGUUUUCUCAAUUAUUCUACAACUCUGCAUAGAUCGGUCAGGAGAUAUAUGCACUCUUUAAAGAACUUGUUCAUGAACUUCACUUUAUGACUCAGUCUUGCAAUAACAUUUACAUGAUUCAUGGUUAAGCAUUGUUCAAUAUGCAUACAUGGUAUUUAAAGCUAUCAAGUUAUUCAUGCUCACCUACUUCCAGAAGUAUCUUUGUUAAUUGCAGAAGUUUCUUGGGUAACAGCAACAAAUAAGGCUUGGCUUUAGUGGUCGAUUGCUUAGGUGUAAGUUCUUGAGACAACAUGAGAUCAUUAAUAGAGGUUGAUGCAGCAACCCUCUUGGCAGGAGUCGUGCUGGAGCUCGCAGAUGGGCUCCCAGAAUUGUUUGCAGCAACCGACAUGGGAGCAGAUUGUGUUGGUUCAGAAGAUGGUGUUCCCUAGUUAUGCAACAGGGAAAAUAUGAACAUGCUUGGAUAUUAGGAUAAAUCUUUACAAAAAAUUGUAAUAUGUAUUAUAAAUGAAAUGGCAUACAUUAGUUUGGGUUGGGUCCUCAGCAUGACCAGGGGUUUCAAUUUCCUUACCAGCAGCAUUUGAGGUUAGCUGAUGCAAUUUAAACAGUUAUUUUCUAUGUUAGCGGUAUCAAAUUCGUUAACAUGAAAGUCAUAAACACGAAUUUAGCACCUCAUUAGGUUUGAGGUAGUUGUCAAAUAUGUUGUAAAGAUUGUCCUCGUUAAGUAUUGCUACGAUAGAGAAUUGCUCGAAACCAGAUUGAUACUUGAUACGGAAGACCAAAUCUUUAUUCAACAGAACAUCGAGGUGUGCAGGCCAAAUCUUAGGAUUGUUCUCUCCCGCCUAAGCACGUUACAAACAAAAAAAAGGGAAAUAAGUUUUUAACAAAAUUGGUCUCAUGUAUUAAAAACAAAGAAGAGGAUAAUGAUCUGUCAAACUCACAUCCUUCAUAACUUGUUUCAGUUCCUUAGCAGUCAAUUUCGUGUAAGGAAUAACAUGCUUGUCCCAAAAAACAAAUGUACCCAUGUGAUUAUCAUAUUCAACCUCAACCUCAAGUUUGAAUCUAUAGAAAAAGGAAAACUGUAAUGUUAAUAAAGGCAUAUAACAGCUCAUUAUAUGAAGAUAAAGCUACAAAUGACUCACUUAGUCACAGGUUCUACAUUGGUAAUUCCACACGAACAUUCAAACUUCUCGCCGAGUGACUUGUUAGAUUGCUUGCAGCCAGGGCAUGACUCAAAAAACCAUCCAAACCUUGAAGCUUUGAAAUAUCUGGUAGUACCAAUAGUGGUUGCAAAAGAAUCCUAGUAAAACCAUAAACAUGUUACAGCUUUUUUACAAAAUGAUGUAUUAUAUGGGCUGUUAUCCAACAUAAAUGAAAGACAAACCUUUCCUAACGCAGCGAUAUCACGGAUGCUUUUGACCUCGUCGAGGCUCUUCCAAUUGUUGUUAGCGGAUUGAAGGGAUGAAUCAAAGGUUAAGGACAGGGAAAGAUCAGGAGCAUUGGAUAAUUCAUUUUCUCCAAAGCUGAAAGUGCAGACAGGUUAACAUUCAAAAUAUUGUCAAGGGGAAUAAAAAUCAGUAAGCAUGAUACUUAAACCACAGUUAGUAUUACCUAGCUCUGAAUUCUUCCACUUGUGGAUGUUCCAAGUUUAUGUGAAGUCGUGAACCGUUCCAUGCAUUAGAGAGCAUUGGUAGACCAGAAACUUGUAUAAAUAGGAAGAAUAGAUAUUAAGAAACACAACAAAGAAACAUAAAACUAAAACUUAAGUGUGAUGCAUCCAAUGAAAACCGUUUAGACAAAUAUUUGAUUAAACCUGUGUUUGGCUUGCACCACGCAUGUGUCAAGAUGAUAAUAGUAGGGCCAACAAUUUUUCCAGGGGUAUUGUAGCUCAAGAAUUGCUUGCAGUAAUCACCCCAUAAGACAACCUCUAUAACAUUUCCUUCGAUAUCACACAAAGUGAUAUUGGCGCAGGACUUCCUACCACCUCCUCCCACUUGCGUCCGAAGCACAUCUUGUAAAACACCUAUGACAUCUGCAAGCAAAAUAUUAUUAGGAUCAUACACAACAAUUACUAUCCGUUCUCCGUUUAAUAUAACAGCUAUAUAAAAAGGAACAUACACAACGAAAAACGACCUACUAAGUAUAUUGCAUACUCACCGUAUAACAUAUCAUGCUUGAUGCUUCCUUUGAGAAAGUUUUCGAUAGGUUGAAAGCUGUAUUUGUGAAGCGGUAUUUCGGGAAACGACACAUUUGUCAUGGUAGUCCCUCCAAUAUUGAAUAGAAGUUUGAGUGGGUUUGCACAAACUUUGAAGGGUCCAUCAUUAACAACCGGCUCUCCAUUGUAAAGAGAAUAAGUUUCAUUUUCUUUGACUUGAUCAGUCCACUCUUUGAAGUCUCGGCUUCUCGUGAUUACGUGAAUCUGAUCAUCCUGUGAUAUUGAAGAAAAAAUACAUAUUAAAACACAAAAACUGCAUAAUGUGUCUCAGAAACCAAGAUACUGAUCAAUCUUUGUUUACUUGUUCAUGUUACAAACAAUCCAAGAGACAAACAGUUGUCCUCAAAGGAAAAAUACAUAUCAAAACACAAAAACUGCAUAAUGUGUCUCAGAAACCAAGAUACUGACUGUCGCCCUCGAUUUUUUCUAUCUCCCGUGAGAUACGAACUGACUCUUCUUUUGUUUUUGAGUUUUGAAAAUCAGAGAGUCGCCACCGACUUUUAUUUUAUCCAAUUAAGGAAAUGUUUAUAAAAGAAACAGAAAAAGACCUUUAAGAGAUUUUGGGUUCGGGGGUUGGUUAUACAAAGGGAAGGUAUUAGCACCCCUUUGUAUCCAUGGUUAUCCAUGGGCUCUUAAUUGCUUAGCUCACUUAUUUUGAAUCAUUUGUCUUGCCUUGAAAUGCUUGUAUGUGGUUUUAAAAUACCUUUGUAAAUUGGCUUUGUAAUGAUCCUUGUGCGGAUGUAUACAAAGUGUUUUAUCUUUCGAAAGAUGUUUUGAAAAAAGAGCUUUAACUUCGUAAUGAUCCUUGUUUGGAUAUAUACCAAGUAUUGUCUUUUUUGAAAGUUUUAUUUUGAAAAACAAUGAUAUAUGAGACAUUUGUUUGUUUUGAUUUGAGCAAGCAAUUAGGAGAUCUACCCUAAGUUUAUAAGGUCCUUUCCCAUUUCUUUUAGAAAAUUCUCCUUUACCGGAUGUAAACAAAAGUUUGAAUUUGUAUUUGAAACAGUAGAAUUUGAUUUUGAAAAGAGUAACAGAGGGAUUACCCUAAGAGGUGCAAGUGUGAUUGUGUUUUGAUUCAGAUAUUUUUAUCUUUGAAGUUAGUGACCUAACGCUUCAGUUAUUAUCUUUGACAUACACGCAGUUUUAUAUGUACAGAAAUUUAAAGUGCGGGAAUGUAAAAUGCGGAAAGUAAAUCUACGCUAUUACAUCGAUUGUGCGGGAAAUGUAAACUACGCUAUUUACAUGAUUUUGACAACCUAUACACUUAUCUAUGAAUUUAAAUUGCAAUAAGAUAAAAGGAAAUAUUUUUGGAUUUUUUGUAUGGUUGAUUUUAAUUAAAAUUAAUGCAUAAUUAAUUUAAUUAAAAUGAGAAAAAGGUAGAAAUAAAAUUUAAACCUAAAAAUUAAGUCUAAAAUAUGUUCAUAUUGCUUAUUAAUUAAUUUUAAAAUAAAACUAAUUUUUUUGGAUUUUUUGAAGUUGUUUUGAAAAUUUAUUAAGCUAAUUAACAUAUAAUUAUAUAACAAUUAUACAAAUAAUUAAAACUUAAAAAUAAAAAUAUUCUAAAUAUGUACAAAAUUAGUCUAUAAUAUAUAAACUAAAUUUAAUAAAAAGAACAAAUUUUUUUCUGAUUUUUUUUGAUAGGUUGAAAUAAUUAAAAAGCAAAUAUAUAAAUAUAUACUAAUUAAUUAAACAAAAUAUUUUAAUUAUUAAAAAAAAUAAAAUAUUUUUGUGUCAAAAAUUAAUAGAUUAUUUUAUAAACCUAAAAAUAUUUUUAUUAUAUUUUUUUGAUUUUUAAAACUAUUUUUUAUAAUUUUAGAAGUUAAAUCAAAUAAAAAUAGAAAAUAAAAUAAAGUUGUGAUCCUAUGUGAUUACUUUGAAGGUCUAUGGUAUGGUUGUGUGUUUUGAUGCGUUGGAUGUGUUGUCAGAUCAAUUCAGUAGCUUAGAUUAUAGGACACAUGAUGCACAUGGAUAGAGGUGUAUCAUUGGAUCACUCAGAAUUUAAAAUUCCAAAGUGGGACCCAUGUUUGAUGACUGGCGAAUGGAAUGGAGAGAAAUUGCCACGCGUGCUGGUCAAAAGGUCUCCUCCACUAUUCAUCAUCUUCUUCCUUGGUACCUGCGGAAUUUCCUGCAAACUUACCCGCGGAUUUUCCUGCGGAUUUUUCCUUCAAAUCUUCAAUCUUUUGAACGACCUACAAAAUGAAAAUAAAAAAGAACAAGGGCCACCCAGAUCACCUAAUUGGACCCUUCUAAGCAUGAUAGCGUUGUUAGUUUUGCCAUUUGGAGCUUGCAUCACGGAGAACGAAAGCUUCACAUGUUUGAAGCUCAAAAAUGGUGAAGCUUCAAAACCACGUUAAAGCUUGCAUGUAAUCACUCAAAUCUACUCUAUAUCAUGCCACGAGUCCAUUCAAGUGGUUAGUUUUCAUUAUAACCAAGCAUGCAUAAUAAAACGAAAGUUACAUAGGUAUGUUCAUGGAAAACAUUAUGCAUGAGUUAUGACUCUCAUGGGACUAUAUUAAGAGUUUAUUCUUACUCUAUACCACUUUAGAAGAUGAUUGAAAGUGUUUGUUUGUAUUGAUAAUGGCUGGAAAUGUGAAAACGAAAAUUACAAAGUUUUGGUGUUUUUUGAGAAUUUUAUGAAUCUCUUUGCUAUUCUCUUGCUAUAAUUUCGUGGUUCUUGUGUUGUUGAUGUAUCCUACUUCAUUUAUAAGCAAUGAAGUGCUUAAAAUUGAAGCAAAGAAGCAUUGAUUGCUUUGUUGAACUUUUGAUUUUUUUAUAUUAAAAAUCUUUGAAUUUUUGACCACGGCUUGAUCUUCUUGGUCUCUCUUGCUCUAGGCCUGCUUUGUAAUUCCCUUUGUUUCAGAAAAUAAGCUAUCUUGAUGACUCAAACAAGAGACGAAGCUUUGGAUAAUGAUCUUGCACCAUUUCUUUUUCAAUUUAACUUUAAAUGUAAUAAAAUUAAACCAAAAAAGAAAUAAAAAUGUUAUGGGCCUUAGGUUGGUCGUGGGAGGCCCUUAACAUUGUUAGAAUCAUGUUUGGAUCAUGGAAACUUGGCCCCUUUUGGAAAAAAACAUUUUUGAUCAAUGUUGGUUUCAUGCAUUUUCCCAAAAUAUAGCCAACUUCAACAAGGCAUAAAUCCCUCAAUUUUUAUCAUAUGAAGGAGUUCUUGUACUUUUUAGAAACCUCAAGAUGUCCUCUACAAGCUACUUUGGAAACUUUUUUUCAUUUGGAGAAGUUAUCUUGAUGUUAUGGCCUUUGACAAAAAACCACUUUUUGUUGACUUUGAAAAUGACCUGUAAUGUCUGAGCUCAUAUUUUUCAAAUGGUGAAUCCAAUGACCCUGGGACCAAUUGCAUUUGAAAGAUAAUUGAAUUUACUUAAAAACAAGCUUUGGUUGGAAUUUUUUGAAUGAACGAGGAGAGAGUUAUGGCCGGUCAAAGUUCAGUUGACUUUUUAGUAGAAAACCCUAAUUUUGAAACUUAGGGUUUUGUUGAUUUUUGAUCUUUCCUUGAUGAAUUAUGAUCAACCAAUGAUCAAAUGAUGAAUCUUUUGAAUAAAUAUGGAUGUUGACAAAAAAAAUUCAUUUUUGACUGUCUGUUGACUUUUCGGUCAAACUGGUCGUCUGUUGACUAUUUGAGCUGCUGACUGUGCGUCUGAGCGAAUUGAAGUUUGAAAAUUUGUAUGGUGGUACUUUAAGAUAUAUGGAGGUCCAUGAAAUCCAUUUGAGGUCUCAAAAAACUUGUUCUCCUGAAAAAACAAAAACCCUAGUUAGGGACUGUUCGUGUAGGAGACAGUUAAGCGUACCUGAUUUUUGUGCAGUGCUGAGUCUCUGCUGAUCAUGUGAUUAUUAGAAGACUUCUAGAACAAAAAUCUUGGAAUUUUGAAAUGCAAAAGAUUGAUUUGAUUGAUGGUACAAAACACGGAGAAUUGCACCGUCAGCGGGUUUGACUGUCAACUGACUGUUCAGGCAUUAACGUAACAGUUAAAGUGAAAAUUCAACAGUUAAAGUUAAUUUUUCUUUUUUUCUUUUUUUGUUGUAUUAAUUGUGAAAAUUUAUUUACACGAGUUGUUAGAAAAACACAGACAUAAUAAAUAAAUAAAAUAUACCGUACGCGAACAAAAUUACCGAUAAUAACCUUGAAAAAUAUUUAAUGCACAGAAAAAUAAAUAUUUAACUAGCAAUAAACACACAUAAUAUUAUCUGGAUAAUUAAACUACAGUACGACAAAUAGUACGAUAUUUAAUACUGACAGUACAAAUAUUACAUAAUAUAAUGAACAGUACGACAAAUAAACGGUACAUUAUUUGAAAGCAAAAGAUACGACAAACUUUAAAAAUGACGAUUAAAAACCCAUGCUAUAAAUAGCAACAUAUAGAUGAUCGGGAGUGUAAACAACCCAGGUCCGCAUUUCUCAGGACUAUGUAGACAGAAAAAGGACAUGAUUACCACCACGACGGUGAUGACCAUAAGAAAACACGUAUCCAUCCACUUCGCCAUUUUUGUCGGGGAAGAAGAGAAAAUAAAUAUGAGGUAGAAAUUUGAGAGAUGAGUUGAAAUUUGAUGUGAGAAUUUAUGAAAAAAAAUGAGAGGUAUUUAUAGAGUGAAAAGAAGGAUAGAGACGUUGGGGAAUGAAGUGAUUCCGUACAAAAAGGAAAAUUUGAGUGGUAGUAGGAUUUGAAAGAAAGUGUAUGGUAGGGUUUGAAAAGAGAGAUGUAUAGAAUAAAGUUAGGAUUUGAUUUUGAAAGAAAGAGAUUUGAAAAGAAAGGAAAAGAUUUUGAAAAUAAUAGAAUAUAGUACAAAAAUUAGUGGGAAACAAAAACCAAUAAUAAUUUACUCGUUACCAGUACAGUCUGAAUCCCCGGACUUUGCGCCUGCAAAAAAUUUAAUUCUGUACCAAUUGCGUCAGUACUAUUUAUCUAUAAAUAAAUCUCAAAUAAACAGCGUGUGUGAAGUGAUAAACAGUAAUUGGCGUUUGUGUAAGAAUAAAUUCAACAGCGAACCAAAAUACCGUAUAAGAAAAAUUCUAAAAACCGAGUAUUCAUAAAAUCAGGAUAUUUAUGAAAUAAAAUCCAAGAUUAUAUGAAACUCUCAAUUUUUAGACAGAAGUCUGUUGCCUUCUUUUUUGAAAAAGAUGCGGGCAAAUUUUGGGGUAUAACAGUUGCCCCUAUUCAAUCUUCUUAAACCUGAUUGGAAUCUGAAGGUAGAAGAUGAUUGAAUAUUUAGAUGCCCUGAAAAUUUGCACUUACCUCCACCGGAAGUGAUGCUGGAAUUUGUCUUUGAAUGUUGUCUGAGAAAUGUUGCUGGCAGAUCGAGACAUUACCUGAGAUGGGCUUUCAGAUGCCAUCUGGCAAAUGUGUUGAUGGUUUGUUCAUCAGAAUGAAUCCAUUGAUUAUAUCUUGAUGAAGGAUUUGAAAACCUCUGCGUUGACCGUUUCGGAACCGUCCGAGGUUACCGCUUUGGAUCUUAGAGGCUGAUCGUUACGGAACUGUCCAAAGUUUUUCCGCUUUAGAUUAUGAAAGUUGAUCUGUAUGGAACCGUCUGAGGUAUCAGCUUUAGAUCUUUGAAGGUAGAUCAUGAAGGAACCGUCCGAGGUAUCCGCUUUGGAUCUUGAAGAUUGAUCGUUGUGGAACCGUCUGAGGUAUCCGCUUUGGAUCUUGAAGAUUGAUCGUUGUGGAACCGUCUGAGGUAUCCGCUUUGGAUCUGUAGGUAGAUCAUUAAGGAACCGUCCAAGGUAUCGACUUAGAUCUGUGUUGCUUGUUUUUUGAGUUGAUAGGUGUUUUGAAAAGAAAGAUCCCUUCAGAAUGAAUCUUUGGCUUAAUUGUAUCUGAGAGGGAUGUUCGUCUGAAUAGAAUCCAGAGGAACAUUGUAUGUGAUUGAGAACAAAUCUGUUGAGGAUAUUCGUCCACCUGAAAAAAUCAAGUUAGUGACAUGCAAUGUUAUGAUGCAUGUAAUGUAUAUGUUGAGAUUCUCAAACUAAAUGAGAAACGUGCAUGUUAUGUAUGCGUUUGUCAUGAAACAUUAUAUGCUAUGUAUGAAUAUGCGUAUGAUGUAUGACUUAUACAGUUUAGAGCGUAUCAAACUUCUGGUUGGGAAAAUAAAUCCCUGCUUGCUAUUUUGAAAUGAAGGCAUUGUGAUUGUUGAUGAUCUUUGCUAUCUUGUUUGAGUAUACUCGGUUGGGGAACCUUUUUACGGACUAGGGUACUCUGUUGAGGGAUCUUUGACUACCGCUUGGGGAUGAAGGUAAUUUGAAAGUUCUGAUUUUGACGCCCUUUGAAUGGGAAUGAGAAAGAUGCAUAAUCCUCCGAUGCACUAUUUGACCAAGCCUUGGUGUGGAGGAUCACACUUUCUGGGGAUAGUGAUCUUGAACAGCCCUGCUGGGGAAUAAGAUUUCUCGAAUCACUUUGUUGGAGAGAAAAAUCUCAUUGAGGAAUUUGCUGAGAAAUGCAUCUCUGUUGGGGAGCUUUUCUUCUGAUGCUGGUUUCGGGAUGAUGUCCAGAUGAUUGGGACAUUACCUGAAUGCUAUUCCCGUUUUUCUUAUAAACAUCAGUCAUAUUCAAAUGCAUAUGUUCAUUCAAAAUUAUCAUUGGGACGUUUACGUAUUCAAAAACAGAAAAAAGUGAAAACAUUGAUUUUGAGCAUGAGCUGCAUUGAUUUUGAAAGAGAGCCAUAAUAGGCGGAUUAGUACAAGGAGACAAGAAUCCUAGUAGUAGGAAAUUGUCAUAAAGCUUUGAAAAGUACUUAUAAAGAGAAAUAGCUAUGUGAAAACAAUCCAGUCAAGUUUCAACUCUGCUAUUGCCAAUCUGUCUUCGAGUAUCUCAUCCCUCACUUGUUGGAAGAAAAUGAUUGGACUGAUUGGUGCCUUUGAUGUGUUGAACUUUGAAGGUGAGUAGGUAGCUAAACGGGACAUAGUCUUACGCUUUAUUCCCUAACUUUUGCCUAGGCUGCCUUUUCAGGUUUUCAGCCUACUGGGAUAAUAUUUAUUUUUUAGUCUCUAAUUUUUGCCUGGAUCGCCCUUUCAGGUUUUCAAUCCACCGAGACGCUCAUUUUUGCCUAAAUCGCCCUUUCAGAUUUUCAACUUAGCGAGCUUUUCUUUAAGAGAAAUACUUUUUGACUAUGUCCGCAUUUACAGGGUGUGGGAAAUCCUCGCCAUCCAUAGUGGUAAGCAACAUGGCUCCGCUGGAGAAUACUUUCUUGAUUACAAACGGUCCCUCAUAAGUGGGAGUCCACUUGCCCCUGGGGUCACCUUGUGGUAAGAUGAUGCGUUUGACAACCAAAUCACCGGUUUGAUAUGCCUGACUUUUGACUUUCUUGUUGAAGGCUUUGAUCAUACGCUUAUGGUACAACUGACCAUGACAAAUAGCCGCAAGCCUCUUCUCAUCAACCAAAUUUAUCUGGUCCAACCGAGUAUGAAUCCAAUCGUCUUCGUCUAGAUCGGCUUCUUUCAUAAUCCUUAGGGAAGGAAUCUGAAUUUCAAUUGGAAGAACUGUCUCCAUACCAUAGACUAAGGAGAAUGGAGUUGCCCCUGUUGAAGUACGCACUGAUGUGCGAUAACCAUGAAGAGCAAAAGGUAACAUCUCAUGCCAGCCUUUGUAGGUUACUGUCAUCUUUUGUAUGAUUUUCUUAAUGUUCUUGUUGGCAGCUUCCACGGUGCCAUUCAUCUUUGGUCGAUAUGGAGAGGAAUUAUGAUGUUUGAUCUGGAACUGUGUGCAGAGUUCAGUAAUCAUUCUGUUGUUUAAAUUUGUGCCAUUGUCUGCGAUGAUCCUUUCAGGGAUGCCAUACCGACAAAUGAGAUUGUGCUUGAUAAAUCGGGCCACCACGUUCUUGGUGACAGAAGCAAAUGAAGCUGCUUCUACCCAUUUGGUGAAGUAAUCGAUAGCGACCAGGAUAAAACGAUGUCCGUUGGAGGCAGUAGGCUUGAUUUCUCCAAUCAUAUCAAUACCCCACAUUGCAAAAGGCCAAGGGGCCGUCAGGACAUUUAAUGGGACUUGAGGUACAUGUACUUUGUCGGCAUAUAUCUGGCAUUUGUGACAAGUUCUGGAGUGAUGUUGGCAGUUUGUCUCCAUGGUAGACCAAUAAUAACCUGCUCUUAAGAUCUUUUUAGCCAUUGUAUGUCCACUUGAAUGAGUACCAAAAGCACCAUCAUGUAUGUCUUCCAUAAUCUGUUCCGCUUCCGUCUUGUUCACACAACGAAGCAAAGUCGAGUCAUGGUUGCGUUUGUACAGGAUUCCAUUACUUAGAAAGAAUUUGGCAGAAAAUCUUCUUAGAAACUUUCUAUCGUUAAUGGAUGCCCCUUCAGGGUAUUCUUGGACUUCGAGAUAUCUUUUUACUUCAUGGAACCAUGUUUUUUCUUCCAUUCCUUCGGUAUCAAUCUCAUUGCAAUAGGCUGGUUCAUCCUGUCUGUAAAUGGUGAUCAUUGACGCCUCAUUGUCCCACCUGACUUUGAACAUAGAUGACAUGGUAGCUAGAGCAUCCGCUAGUUGAUUUUCUUCGCGCGGGAUGUGUUCAAAAGUGAUUUCUUCAAAGUAAGGAAUCAAACUCAGCACAUAUUCUUUGUAUGGAAUUAGAUUCGGGUGCUUUGUGUCCCAUUCCUCUUUGACUUGAUAAAUUACAAGCGCCGAGUCUCCGUAGACCUCCAGGAACUUGAUUCUUAGAUCAAUUGCAGCUUUGAGACCCAGAAUACAUGCUUCAUACUCGGCUAUAUUGUUAGUGCAGUUGAAGCAUAAUCUGGCACUGAAUGGUGUAUGUCCUCCUGUAGGAGAAAUGAUCACAGCUCCGAUGCCAUUGCCAAGUGCAUUAGAAGCUCCAUCAAAAACCAUAGUCCAUCGGGAUCCUGGCUCGGGUCCUUCCUCCGGCCCUGGUUGUUUGUAGUCAGUAACUAGCAUAAUGUCUUCAUCUGGGAAGUCAAAGUUCAACGCUUGAUAAUCAUCCACUGCUUGAUGAGCCAGAUGAUCAGCUACCACACUUCCUUUGAUCGCUUUUUGCGAAGUGUACUGGAUGUCAUACUCUUUUAAGAUCAUUUGUAAUCUUGCUAUUCUUCCAGAGAGAGCAGGUUUUUCGAACACAUACUUGAUAGGAUCCAUUUUGGAGAUCAGGAAAGUGGUAUGGUUUAGCAUAUACUGUCUUAGUCGGCGAGCCGCCCAUGCUAAGGCACAACAAGUUUUCUCGAGCAAUGAGUAUCUUGUUUCACAAUCGGUAAACUUUUUACUAAGAUAGUAGAUUGCAUGCUCCUUUCGGCCAGAUUCGUCAUGUUGCCCCAGUACACACCCCAUUGAAUCCUCUAACACUGUUAGGUACAUUAUCAGAGGUCUUCCUUCCACUGGUGGUAACAAGAUUGGUGGUUUUUGAAGAUAUUCUUUGAUCUUAUCAAAGGAUAACUGGCAUUUGUCGUUCCAUCUUUCCACUUGAUCUUUCUUCAACAGUUUGAAGAUCGGCACACAAGUAGUAGUCAUAUGGGCAAUAAAUCUGGCUAUGUAAUUCAGACGUCCCAAGAAUCCUCUGACUUGUUUCUCGGUACGGGGUAUAGGCAUUUCUUGAAUGGCUUUGACCUUGGCGGGAUCAACUUCAAUACCUUUGCUGCUGACGAUGAAACCUAAGAGUUUACCGGAUCUUACUCCAAAGGUACACUUGUUCGGAUUCAGUCGCAAUCUGUACUUCUUGAGUCUGUCAAACAGCUUGUGCAGAUGACCCAGAUGUUCUUCUUCAGUGUUGGACUUUGCAAUCAUAUCAUCGACAUAAACCUCUAUUUAUUGAUGAAUCAUAUCAUGGAACAGAGCUACCAUUGCACGCUGAUAUGUUGCUCCUGCGUUCUUUAAACCAAAGGGCAUUACUUUGUAACAAAAGGUUCCCCAAGGUGUCGUGAAGGUUGUUUUUUCCAUGUCUUCGGGCGCCAUCUUGAUUUGAUUGUACCCUGAGAAUCCAUCCAUAAAGGAGAAUACCUUGCAUUGUGCAGUAUUGUCAACCAGUACAUCGAUGUGAGGUAAAGGGAAAUCAUCUUUGGGGCUUGCCCGAUUCAAAUCUCUGUAGUCUACACACAUUCUGACUUUCCCGUCUUUUUUAGGCACAGGCACUAUGUUAGCUAUCCAUGGAGGAUAAAUCAUAACUUUCAGAAAGCCAACAUUGAAUUGCUUCUCAACCUCGUCUUUGAUCUUCUUGGACAUAUCGGGCCUACUCCUCCGCAAUUUCUGCUUAACUGGAGUGCUACCUUCUUUGAUUGGCAGGCGAUGAACCACAAUAUCCGUGUCAAGGCCAGGCAUAUCUUCAUAGGACCAGCGAAUAUCUCAACAUAGUCUUGUAACAUUUGAAUCAGUCUUUGCUUGACACUGUCUUCUAGAUCAGCCCCUAUCUUGACUUCUUUUUUUUCUUCGUCACUGCCCAAGUUGAUAACUUCAAUUGGCUCUUCAUGCGGCUGUAUAGUCUUUUCCUCUUGUUCUAACAGCCUUGCAAGUUCCCUUGGUACUUCACAAUCUUCCUCACUUACGUCUUCAGUUUGGUAGAUCGGAUUUUCAAAGUUAUGUCUGGCAAUAGCAGAAUCGUUAUCAACAGGAUCCAGAGUGAAUGUGAAUCUGCAUUUAUUAUGUGGGUAUGUGUAAGAACACAUAGCUAUUUGAAAAUGAAUAAAGUAAAGAAAGAAAAAGGAUCACAAAAUUUUGAAUAUGCAAACAUCCCAUGAUUUUAUUGAAUGAACAUGAUCAUGAUAUGACAAACCCUUAUAAAAAGGACCAGUGUGCUUCGGGCAAGGCACCUGGCUUUUAAGUUCAUGGUUCGAUAGUACAGGAACCAUUUUUAUCUUUGAACAUAUAAACAACGAAAACAGGAAAUUGCAUUUACUCUUGAUCAAAGGAGAUCACAUCCUCAGCUUCCCAGUUGUUCAAUCCAUUAUUGUGAGCAGGGGGUAUCCAACUGCUCUAGUUGCAGCUGUCUUCUUCGUCUUCCACAACAUUGAUUUCUUUGGUGGGGAAAUGAGCUGUUGAUCCUUCGGGAUGAGCAAGAUACUCUGCUGGAUACGAGAGCCCAGGCUGAGAUACCUUUGUUGGCUGAGCGAGAUACCCGAUAAGAUCGUCCCAUCCAGUUGGAAUGAUGUCUUUGAGGGAGACUUGUGCAUUCUGGGAGUAGUGUACUGCAUUAGGAAAUCAUUCUCAUUAUUUGGUGUUUCCCAGACUUCUUCUGGAGCGUCAGGGCUUGUGAACGUCAUAUUGUCUUCAAAAUGGUUGUCCCAUCCAGUUGGGGUGAUGUCUUUAAUAGCGAUCAGCGAGCUCAGGGGAGCAGAAUACUUCACCAUAAAGUCAUACUUGCCACUUGGUUCUCCUAGUGUAUCCCAGACUUCUUUUGGACUAGGUGGACUUUGGUAUUGCUCAGUGAUGGAACUUGUGAAACUUUUGCAAUCUUCAAACUGAUCACCCCAUCCAGUUGGGACGAUGUCUUCAAUGGCAAUAAAAGAACUCUGAGGUGCAGUGUAUUUUACUAGAAAAUCAUACCCGCCGCUUGGUUCUCCCAAAGUAUCCCAAACUUCCAUGGAAACAGGUGGAACUUCAUUUGGAUAUUGCUGAAUAAUAUGGUUCAAGAUCACUCCAUCGUCUUCAAUAGCAUUCACUUCUUGGCUGAUGAAAUGUGACAUUAAUCCUCCAGAACGAGGACUUUGAUCGUUCUUUUGAGUUCCAUUAGCAUAGCCCAGACCUAGCUUAUCGAACUUGUAAGGUACAUCGAGGAGCUGUCCCCAUACUGUGCAACCACCUUCUUCGAUCACAACUUUGGUGUCUUUGAGAGAAGCCAUAGUUGGAGUUAUUUUUGUAGCAGGAGUAGCAGAAAUAUGUUUGGCAGUAGAGACAUCUGGAGGGACCACCUCAAAAGAUUGGCAAGGAGUUUCGAUGAAUUCUCCAUCCAUCUCAACAUACUUGGAGUUCCUCAGGUGGCUAACCACAUAUUCUUCUUCGCCAUAAACUGUGACGACCUUGCCUUUUACCGGAUAUUUUAACUUCUGAUGCAGGGUAGAAGUUACAGCAUUUUCCCCAUGUAUCCAUGGGCGUCCUAGUAAACAGGAAUAUGCUGGGUGAAUUUCCAUUACGUAAAAGGUAGAAUCAAAGAUCUGAGAGCCCACUCUGAUUGGGAGCUUCACUUUUCCGUACACUGUUCUUGUUGACCCGUCGAAGGCUCUUACCACAACAUCGCUUGGUUGCAACACAACUCCUUCGAAGUCAAGUUUUUCCAGUACUGCUUUUGGUAACACGUUCAAAGAGGAACCGUUAUCUACCAGCACAUGAGACAGAGUGGUGCCGUUACAUUCAAUAGAGAUGUGCAGGGCUUUAUUGUGAUUUUUCCCAGCAGGGGUUAAAUCAACAUCAGAGAAACCGAGACCAUUAUUCACUGUUAGAGUGGCAACACAAUUUUCGAAUUGAUCGACUGAAAUCUCCUGUGGUACAUGGGCAGCUUUCAGGAACUUCAUCAGGGCCUUGGCAUGAGCUUCUGAAUAUUUUAGCAGAGACAACAUUGAGAUUUUUGAAGCAGUGUGCCCCAGUUGUUCGACAAUAUUGUAAUCACUUUUGCAGAUGAUUUUCAAUAUUUCCUCCAUUUCUUGCUUCGACGGAUCUUCAACAGUGACUUCCACCGGUACUUGAACUGGUUCAACUAGUGGCUCUUUGCCUCGAGCGUUGAUAUCUUGAUUAGGAACUGGGACCUGGACUGGAUUAGUAGCAACAUUUGGAGAAACGUCUGGUGAAAAGAUCCUUCCACUUCUCGUAAUCUUACUAGUACCCGCAAUAUUAUCAACAGUUGGAGUAGUAAAAUUCAUGGUCUCUUCAGUCAAGGUGUCUUGUUUAACUCCAUGGACAUAAACAUUAGUGUCAUAACUCCACGGGACAGCUUUGUCUGAGGAGUAUGGAAAUGGAGCCGGACUGGUGAUGAUUACAGAUGCCACUCUGGGUGUAGCAGAAAUUUUGAAAGGAGUUUUGGUAGGGAUUUUCAAUGGUAUGCUAGAAACCACUGAGACGUCCUCUAUUCUCAUCCCAUUUGCAAAAACUUCGCAUAAAUUGUCCAUAGAAGGGAGCCUCUCAAAUAUAAUGACACGACGAUCCAUCCACUUUUGAAUUCCUAUUUUCAGAUUCUCACAACCAUUGGGUAGGUGUGCACAAUAAAAGCAAUCAGGGUCACAACCUGGAAAGAAACCAGCUCGGAUUAGCUUUCUUUUGACUUCAAGGAGCGGAGUUGACAAUUUUCUCACAUCAUAGAUGUAAACAGUGUCUAUGAUAGCAUUAACGGUCUUGUCGUGCAUUGGCAUAGGUGUAGUGAUGACAUUUGGAGUCUCUGGAGGAUCGAACUCAAUUUCCCCGGCAUCUAUCAUGUCUUGUAUUUUAUUUUUCAGGGCCCAACAGUGAUCUGCGUCAUGCCCUGGACAGUUAGAAUGGUAUGCACAUGUGGCAUCGGGGCGAUAACUCGGAGAGGAAGUGUUGACAUUCUUCGGAGGGUCUUUCAAUGUGAUCAGAUUUGCCUUUAACAAGUGUUGCAAUGCUUGAGAGAUUGGCAUAUUGAUUCUGGUGAAAUUUCUCCUUGGUGCAUCUGGUCGACGCGUAUACUUUGGCGGUUGAUCUUUUUGAGGUGCAGAUGCGGAGAUCAGAACAACCCCCACAGAUUGGUGAUGCUCACUUUUGCGACCUUUCUGACUGUGCAUUGUAAUGACUUCAUUUCUUCCACUGAUGGGCCUUUUUGUAGUACCAGAGGAGGAUCCUAUUUGAAUUUUUCCAUUUUGAAUACCGCUUUCGACACGCUCUCCAGUUAAUAUCAGGUCAGUGAAACCUGAUGAUGAGCUUCCCAGCAAAUGACUGUAGAAAGGGCCAGUUAAAGUGCCCAUGAACAUGUCGACCAGCUCGCGAUCAGAUAAGGGCGGUUGAACCCUUCCCGCUAGAUCUCUCCACUUUUGUGCAUACCCUUUGAAACUUUCUUUUGGUGCCAUAGACAUGCCCCGUAGUUGAGUACGGGUUGGUGCAAGGUCAGCGUUGUAUUGAUACUGUUUGUAGAAAGCAGCGGCCAAAUCUUCCCAGGUGUGAACUUUUGUACUUUCCAGUUGGUAGUACCACUCGAGUUGUGUACCUGACAAACUUUCCUGGAAGAAAUGAAUCCACAAUUUGUUAUCUGCUGUAUUAGUAUCUUCCUCACAUAGGAUCUCAGAUGUAGUUUUGGGCAAGAAACUCCAUCAUACUUUGCAAAGACAGGAACUUUGAACUUUGGAGGAAUAACAAUAUCUGAGACGAGUCCAAGAUCUUUGAAGUCUAAACCAGGUAUUUUUUGUAUCUCCAUAGCUUUCAUGCGUUCUUCCAACAGCUGGUAUUUGUCAUCACUCUGCUCGUCUUCGGAAUGAUCAUCUUCUUUGUUAGAAGAGAGAGAGGGUUUGGCAGAACCCUGGUUGAUGUGAUUGUCUUCUCGAUCACCUUCACCGACUAUUUCAGGGAUCGGUGCCUUUUUGGACCUCUUGACUGGGAUUUUGACCUUUCUUGUCAGGUGACUUAAGCCUACAGAUCCCUUGGGCUUCUUUUUCUUUUUGAUUAUCAAGGCUUUCAGUUCUUGUUGCCCCUUUGCUAGCUCCAGAAUUGCUAUCUGAACUUGGGCGUUCUGUGCUUUGAGAUUCUUGACGCUUGUUUCGGAAUCCAUCCCUUCUAACUGAAAUAAACAGCGAGGAGAUGAGAAACCUGUCAUGUGAACUUGUUAUGCAAUGUUUAUGAAUGAAAUGCAUAUGCAAUGUUUUCAAGGAUCUUAGAAUUUAGAUUUGUUUAAAAGAGAAACAAACAUUUAUUAGUCAAACAAUUUAUUUCUUUUUUUCUUUGUUUUUUUUUUUGCCUCUUUCGGACUUACAAGAUAAAAUAAAGAAAAUAAAGGAUUCCUCAAGCCUCCCAUGAACGCUUUCUCUUCGCACCCAGGAACGUGUUGAUAUGUUGUUCUUCCUGGAGUUGUCUGGUGAGCUCCAACACUUUCCUCUCAUGAUCUAGACAGUGUGCUUUGAAGGUGUCUCUUUCUUCUCUUAGUUGAACCCAAGAUUUCUACAGCUCUUCCAGGUCAGUCGGCAUGUCCGGAUGUAGAAUAACUCGAGGUUCAUCCCCUUUGACUUCUGGCUCAAUAGUCACAGGUAAAAUAGUUGGAUAUGGCAUGAUGAACUUCUGAGCACGAGCCCGCACCCAUUUGAGGUAAGGCUCCAUGGGAAUAGAGUUCCAUUGUCCUAAAGUUUUGCUUUCUACUUUGUAGACACUGCCCCACACAUGUAUAAACCUUCGUCGAUAUCUUUGGGAAUCAUCCUCGUAGUCGAACACAAUGCCACGGAUAAUUAUGUCAUGAGGACCGUUUCUUCGUGCAUAUCAAAAUUGGCGCAAAGCUAAAGAGGGGUUGUAAGUGAUGCCUCCCUUGAUGCCAAGGAGUGGCACAUUAGGGUACUCUCCACAAUGGUCAAUGAUAGUGAUGUCUCUUUGAAAGAAGUUAUUCCACCGGAUAUCUGAAUGAGACAAAGACAUAAUCCUGCGAGACCAUUGCAUCCUUUGUUCGUUUCUCAACACUGAUCGGGGAAGGUGUAAUGUAAACCAUCUAGCCAGUAGCGGUACACAACACAUAAGAGUUCCUCAUUUCUUCAUAGUACGAGUGUGUAAAGAAUGUAGUAUGUCUCCCAGCAAAGUAGGUACCGGAUUACGGUUUAAGAAAAUGUUGAUAAUGUGUACACUUAUGAAUUGGUCGGGAUUAGGGAAUAAAACCAACCCAUAGAUCAAAAGAGCCACAACCUCCUCAAAAGCUAGGUAACUUCUGUUUUUUAGUAGUAAUCGAGCCUUUUCCAUUAAGAACUUAGCAAGCAAACCAUGGACUCCACUCUUUGUUUCCCAAUUGGACUCGAUUUCUGAUUUUCGCAAAUGUAAGGCAGCAGCAAUGAUUUCAGGUUUUGGAAUUUUUUCUAAACCAGUGAAAGGUAAUUGAUCUCGAACAGGUAAUCCAAUUAGUUCAGAAGACUCUUCCAAAGUGGGUACUAACUGGUAAUCAGGAAAUGUAAAACAAUGAUAUUCAGGAUCAAAGAAUUGGAACAGGACCCGUAUCAUGUCUUCUUCAAAUUUUGAGGUAACCAAAUGGAGUAGGUGAUCGUGCUUUUCAGUGUAUUGAGCAUUUCUGGGAAAUUCUGAUAUUAAGUCCUUAAGUUCAGAUGGUACUGUUGAAAUGUUGAUCCGGACAUAAUCUCUGGUAGCGGGAGCCAUUACCUGCAACAACAGAACAAAGGUAAACUCUUCGAUCCUUGAAAUGAUUAGUGAGAAAAUGAUAUGUUUAUGAUGCUUAUGAUGUCAUGAUGUCAAACAUGUGGCACACACAAACAAAUCAAACAAUAGCCUUAGGUUUAAAGGCUUGCAUGAGGUUGAUAGGUGAUACCCUCCCCACUGAAGUUGAGUUGGUUAAAACCUGUUGUCAUACCCCAAAAUUUACCUGAUGUGAUUCCCGUUUCAAUUUAUUAAGAAUGUUAAAAAUUAGGAGCCAUAGGGUCUGAUGCAUCUAUUAUCAAACCCGCUCUCCUAUGAAACUUCCUUAUAGGUUGAUUUAAAAUAAAUGAAGGUAUGAAUAGCAAAUGCUUAGGAUCCAAUUUGAUUUAGGCCCAUGUGUUUAUCACCAUUUAACCAUUGCAUAUUCCUAUUGCUACUAACUAUGUAUUAUUAAUGUUAUUAUUCCUAUUAUUAGUUUUAAAAUUAAUAUUGGGGUUAUUAAGAUUAAUCAAGCAUUGUUAUUAGUACUAAUUUAAUUGAUGUUAAUUAUUAUUAUUAGAAUUAAUAUCUUUAUUAGGUUAUUACUAGGAUUAUAUUGUUAACUAAUUUGAUUAGGUAAUUAGUUAAGUGGUUAAUUGAAGUUAUUGGGUUUUUGUGUUGUCGUUUUGUUAUUCUGGUGGGCCAAGAGAACCGGUUACGGGACUCAGUAUUGGGUCAUGGACUUUGGGCCAGGUUGCAUCAGGAGUGGACCGGGUCAAACCGACCCGGCCACUAUUCAUCUUCUUCCAAACUCAUGGUCGCCGCCCCCUACCUCUACCAAUCACAAACCCUAAAUCUGAAAACCAAAUACCCAAGCCCAGCAAAUUUCAAUCAACUCUCAAAUCUUCAGCCAAAUCUUCAAUACAAUCACAGACAAAUUCGUAACUAAAUCUAAUCUUAACAAAUUUAACAAAAUCGAAUCAAAUAUAAUUUCCAUUGAAAUCUGUGAAUCAAUGACAACAAAUCAAUCCUAAGUCUAAUUGAAUCAAUAAUUUCCUAAUGAAAUCUAAACCUAGACUAUAAAAUAAAAAGAAGGAAUUAAGAAGGAGGAUGGGGAUUUUUUUCUGGAGCGGAACCCUAAGCUCCGUGCACGUUAGAGUUGUAUCAUCAUCUUCAUACCUGCAACACGGAACGAACGGAAGCGGAUUAGUGAAAGGAGGAGCUAACACGUUCCAGAAAGCAAGACUAUAAGGUAACCACACAAAACACUUAGCUUAGGAUUCAGAUCUGUGAUUGUAUGUUUGGCUUCGAUUGUGUUUCUGGAUUCGUAUUUAGGUUAGGGUUCAUUAGGAUUGGGGGUUUCUGGGUUGGAAACGAUGAAGAUCAUGAUGAUCUUCAUCGGAGAACUGGGAUCCACGGUGGUUCUAACGGUGGCUUAAGGUGGUUUUCUGGAAAUAUGCGGUGGGGAAGUGGUGGUUCGGUGGGGGUUGGUCUGGGUUCGUUUGGAGAGAAUGAGAGAACGAAGAGAGAGAAGGAGAAGUUAGAGAGAGAAACGGAAGAGAGAAAUGAGAGAGGAGUCCGCAUGACCCCCUUGGUUAUUCAUCCCUGCCCCUUCAGAUCGUCGCCAUUUGUCCUCGUAUGGGCAUUUGGCAGCACUAUGGAACAUAAUUCCAUGUGCUUGGUAACCGUGCGCCUUCAUCCCCAGGCCUCACUCAGGCCGUUAGAUCUGAAUCCACGGCUUAGAUCUUUCUACCCCACCCAGGUACAGUACGCAUGCGCAACACUGGAUCCAACGGAUCCUUAGUCAUGCUGGGCCUAACCCCUUGCUGUUCACACACCCCAAAUUACUUGUCAAACAUAAAAAUACACCCCCCUGUGAAUAAAAAAUAAAACUUAUUUAAAUUAAUUUUAAUAAAAAUGAAUUUGUUUAAUUGUUUAUUGAUAAUUAAUUAAUUAAGUUUCUAAAAAAAAACUUGUUAAUUGUUUUUUUGAUAACUAAUUCAUUAAGUUUUUAAAACUUGUUUAAUUGUUUUUAUUGAUGACUUAAUUUCUCCUCGAACCGACUAAACCCAUUAGUCGUAUUAGACGAGAAAUAAAUUGUUCUGAUUAAUUUAUAAUUUAAGUAACUCUUAUUAAUUCUGUCCUCGACCCGACUGAAGCUAUCAGUCGCUUUAGACGAGAGAUAAAAAUACACAAAAUUAAAAUACAUUUUAAUUUGCUGCCCGCGACGAUCAAUCUAUCGAUCUGAGCAAUCAGCAAUGCCCUUAACCCGUUAGCUAUACUGACCAAACCUAUUGGUCACUGCAUCUAACGGUGCCACAUCAAAUCAGGGUUGUACGCCCAAAACAUUAAAACACUAAACCACGACACUACGGAUUUUCAUCCCUGCAAAUACUGCGAUUUUUAAAUCUAUGACUAGGUAACUUAAAAUACCUUCAAAACAACUUCAAAUACAUUCAUAUCAAAUUCUAAGGCGUACAACCUUGUGCCCCGAACUACGUUGACUCUGAUUCUCCAUAAGGAGAUACGUAGGCACUUGGUAACAAGGCGAGUCUCCCCCCCCUAAAAUCUCAAUUCAGUUUUAAAUCUUAAUUUUUACCCUUUUCAUUUUAUUAGCUAAACCUUAUCUUUUGCCAUAAACCCUUAUCUUUGCAAUGUUAGCCUUUAGGAAAGGGUUGAGGGUGCCUAAUACCUUCCCUCAACCUGAUUAUAAUAACUUACCCUGAAUCUCAUUACUGCGUAGGGUUUCCUAUUCGCCCUUCAGAAUAGGUGGCGACUCUAAACCUUCAAUUUUAGGGCAGGUUGCUACAGCUGGCGACUCUGCUGGGGAAAAUCAUCAAUGGUGAAUUAUUAUGCUCCUAAGGCUUGAGAGGGUUUAGGUUUGGCAAAUUACUUAGGUUUUUGGCGAGCGAUUAGGGUUUGGCAAUUUGCCAUUUUUAGGGUUUGGGGGAAGGUUUAUUUUUUUUAAUAAUAAAUAUUUAAUUCUUUAUUUAUUUAUUUAUUGUUUUCAUUAAAUGUUUAUUUGUCAUAUCUGUAUAAAAUGCUUAAUUGUUAUAAUUUGCACUGUUGGGUUUUAUAUGUGAUUGCUGUUAAGCCUAAGUGUGGGAAUUAUAAUAAUGACCAGAGGGGAAUUACAUCGCCUACGAGUCUUAUUAUAAUUCCACUCAGAGUGGGUUAAAUAUUCGGAAAGGUCUGAUACGAGGCUCGACCUUGUUGAGGGCUGGACUGGGUAUUUAGCUGAUCUCUCUGGGAACCAACCCCUAAAAUUCGAACCUCAUGGACUAAUGAGUUGUUCCAAAAUCCAAAGAGACAAAAAGUCUCGGCGGCUACGAACAAUCCCAUGAGACCUUCUAGAACAUUCCCGUGGGAAGGGUAGGCUCCUGAGCCGUUACGUCAAAUCUAUGAGCCUAGGGCCUAUAUGCUUAUGUGUUUAACUGUACACUUUCAUUAUUUCUUAUAUAUAUCUUAUAUAAUUGUGGCAUUCAUCAUGCAUCAUGUGCAUUCUUGCAUCAGGUCUUGCAUCAGGUGAUAAAAAAAGGAGUUAUUAUAUUUAAUCAAUGGAUAUGAAUAAAGCAUAUCAUUCAUGGCAUGCAUAUCAUUUUCAUGGCAUUGAAAGAAGAUUUCUCCUUUACCUUCAGAGCAAGAGACCAUUGGGAAGGAUAAUCUAACAUCCCGACCGUCUUAUCAGACCAGAUUUCAGCAAAAGAAAGCGAUGGAACAACUAGAGCAAAACCAAGCCGCCCUUCGUGAGGAAGUGACCCAAUUGAAAGGCACUGUUGAGGAUCUCAAAGGAGGAAUGACCCAAAUGCUGAGCUUCAUGAAAGAUAUCAUGGAUAAGCAAGAAAAGGCUAAGGAGGUUCAUGACCAGUAUGAGGAGAUCCCCAACGACGGAAACCCGCUGCUAGGAUUUGUUUCAGGCUUUGGCCCGGCUAAGGACAAACCUCAGGUCCGAUCUGUCAGGAGAGCUAUCCAAUUCCAAGAGAAAGGAGAGACCUCUCAAGAAGGGUUUGUCCCCACUCCACAAACAAAAGGGACAACCCGCACAGUUCGCAUUCCUGCUAACAAUGUCCUUAAGGAUAAUGAUUACCUGGAUCUACAAUACGGAGAACAAGAGGUGGACAACACAGAACAAGCACCUCAGACGCAGCAGUCUAAUCCCAACUCUAGGUAAGACUUCAAAGACAGUGAACAAAUCAAAGCGCUAGAGGAGAGACUAAAGGUGGUAGAAGGAUACGAUGCUUUCGAUGUGGAUGCCUUCGAAAUGAGUUUGGUCUCAGACUUGACUAUCCCACAUAAAUUCAAGAUUCCUGACUUCGAGAAAUACAAAGGACUCACAUGUCCGAGAAACCACUUGCGCAUGUAUGUGCGAAAAAUGGCUGCCUAUGCCCACGAUCAAAAGCUGAUGAUACAUUUCUUCCAAGAUAGCUUAAGUGGGGCAUCUGUUGACUGGUACAUGCAAUUGGAGAAAUCCUAUAUCCGAAGCUGGAAUGAUCUUGCUAACACAUUCUUGAAGCAAUACAAGUACAACCUGGACAUGGCACCCAACCGGAUACAAUUACAAAACAUGUCACAGAAGAAGGAUGAAUCAUUCAAGGAGUAUGCCCAAAGGUGGAGGGAAAUGGCUUCUCGAGUCCAACCUCCCUUGAUGGAAAAAGAACUGGUGGACAUAUUUAUGAGUACUUUGCAAGGACCAUACUAUGAUAAGAUGGUCGGAAGCAUAUCUUCAGGGUUCUCGGACUUGGUAGUCAUUGGUGAAAGGAUUGAAACUGGGAUAAAAAAUGGGAAGAUACAAGGGGCACCCUCAGGUUCCUAUCAAGCAAAGAAACCAUAUGAUGGAAAAAAGGAACCCAACACUGUGGGGGCAAUCAUGGUUAAUCAGACCCCGACAUUACAACAGAGGGAUCAGCAAAAGCAACAGGGUGGCCAACGCCCCUGGAGGUCCAAGCCGAAACGAUCAUUUACUCCAUUGCACAUGUCACUGUCUCAAGCUUUGCAGCACCUGCUCGGUCAGAAUUUGAUAACUCUGCUACCUCCAUACUCAGCUCCAGCUAACCCCGCUCCUGGGUACAAGCAUCAUGCUAGGUGCGCUUAUCAUUCAGAUAGUCCUGGUCAUGAUACAGAGGAUUGUGGGCCGUUGAAGCACAAGAUCCAAGAUCUAAUUGAAGAAGGGCUCAUUGAGUUCGAAGAGCCUCGCAAGUCUGAUGCUAUAAGUGGCUAAAAGGAGGGUUUCUUAGAUCAUUAGUUUUUGUUUUCAUUUGCAAUUUCCUUUCAGUUUGUUUAAACAUUGGUUUGCGGUAUACGCUAUGUACUUUACAAUAAUCAUUAAUGCAUUGCUUACGUUUGUCUUGGUUUAUUCCUAGUGUUUUCACUAUAUUAAAAACUGUGUUUUUAAUUGGUUUUAUUAUUUGUGAUAUUCAACUUUUGUUCAAAGAUGUGUACCUUUAGAGGGAGAAUGACGAAAACGACACCACAAUCUCAUACAGUACGCUUUCGAACAGACCGUGUUGACGACGUACAGGCAUUGUUUCAAUUCCAAUACAGUGGAGAUAUAAGGAUGUUAAUCCCUCGUCAACCCCUUUGAGCCUAAGAAGUAGGAGUUUUCCUUCAUGUACAAAAUAAAAACCCUCAAAAUAUAACCUGGGGUAGGGUAGCUGCUCAGUUAACUUGAUUAUCCCAAACUGUUCCUUUGAACAUAAUCACUGAUGGUUCCCCGUCAUAAUUAAGCUUGACAGUCAAUGUCCGCAAAGAAAAAGAAAAAAACAACGCAAGGCCCGCCAAGUCAAAACCUAUUAAGGGAGACUUAGGCAAGAUUGGGGCAUCCCGCUGACUGUAAUUUUAAAUAAACAGUUAAGGAAAAAAUUAGGGAUAAUAAAGUAAAAAAAAAAGGGGUCGCUAUAUACCCUUGACAAAAGGAAAAUAUUACAAAAGGAGGAUGGCUGUCUUUGCAGAUAAACACUUGGUUUUUGAACCGUCAUAAAGGUCAACGUUAUAAUUCCCAAAGUCUUUUGGAGCCUAAAUGCAUAGUUAACUGAGCAUAGGACUGGAGAACAUCACGAAGAAAGGGGUAGGUUAAAUAAAUUUUGAGCCUUAUAUCCGUUGUUUCUUAAAACCUUGAACCAAGGCCACGUUACAACCCUUAAAAGUCCUAACUGAAACAUGGUUAGUUCGAAAGCAUGUCGUUACCAAAGGUAUCCCGACUCCUUAGGGUCUACUAUAACUCUUGAGUUGAUAUCACUUUCUUACCAAAAAACUCUAUUUUACUCAAAAAAUGUUUUUAAACUUUCGAGACAGACGUAUGCAUUCGCAUCUUAUGAAUUUCAUUAUAAAGCACACUUGUCUAUAUAGAUUCAAAUGUUUUAACAUCAGGGAGAAAUGGCAUGGGGCAUGGCUAAUGGCUAAAAAUGCCACCGACAGUCGAAAUAAGCUUUAAAAGCAUAUCAAAGAAGAAAUAUCUCUUACGCCUGACUCGGAGGGCUAGUGUAUACACAAGGCAUAGCCCGUUGUCAUCCUAUUUAUCUGGGGCAAUCUAAUCAAGAUCCAUGGGAUCUCUCAAGGACUCUGAAUAGCCCAUGGGGCAAGUCCAUUAUUAGGGGGCACAUUGCAAAAGGUCACUCAAUAUCAAAUGUUGUCAAUACCACUCUCACGUCCUUUCCAGGAACUUUUAUAGAACAUCUCUCAAUCUGUCCAUGUGGUCUUCUUUAAGACAUGUUCAAAUAUCUAUUAUCCUUUCUAGGAGCCCUUUUCAAAUAGUCUUCUUUAAGACACAUUCUACAAACCUUUCCAGGUGUCUCUCGUCACUUUCAGAAAUCUUUUCAGAUAGUCUUCUCUAAGACAUAUUCCUUUCUAAAAACCUUUUCUAGGUAGUCUUCUGUAAGACGUCUCCUAACUUUUUCAGUCUUCUUUAAGAUAUUCCUUUUCAGGUAAUAUUCUCUAAAAAAAAAUCCCUUGUCCUUUCCAGGAACCUUUCUAGGUAAUCUUCUCAAAGACACCCGUCAAUCUUUUCAGACAUGUUCAAAUUUCUCCUAUAAACCGUGUCAAACUUUGUUUAAGGUACAGUCUUCUUUAGGACGGUCUCCUAUCUUUUCUAGGGUAAUCUUUCUCAAAAUGUCUUUCCCUGAGUUUUGUUAAAAACACCAUAUUCCUCAAAAUAGUCUUUAUCCUCUCUAGGUAAUCUUGUUUAAGACGUUUCAUAUCUUUUUGGAAGCCUCUCUAGGUAAUCUGGUUCAAGAUACUUCAUAUCUUUUAGGAGCCUUUCUAGGUAGUCUUGUUUAAGACAUGUCUCAACUUCUUUAGGUAAUGUUCUGCAACUAUUUAUCCAAUCUUUUAUAAGAUAUAUCUUGCUCUUUCAAGGUGUUUCUCAGUUAGUCUUCUCUAAGACAGUUCUUCCCGAGAUUUGUUUAAAGCCUAAUCUCCGCCACAUCUGUCAAUGAUCCACCCUGUUCAGGAAACCUCUUCAGGUAGUCUUAUGUAAGACAUUACUUCAUCUCUCCUCAAAUACAAUCCGAACUAGGAUUUGCAAAUAUCUCAAAAGGGUUAAAUAAAUUCAAUGGGUGAUAAGGAGAUAAGGUGUUGGAGUUAUCAUACAUACUCAUUUGCAUACACGCAGCAUUUUUAUGCAUAAGCAUUCACACAUGUACAUUGUACAGACAACAGGAUCAUAUGCAUACACAUGAUACAUAUGCAUUCACAAAAACAAUCUUUUACACAACUGACUGCGAGUCCUCGCUAUGUAAGUCUCAGGCUUUAGCAAGACGCUUCUUUCCUCACACACUCGAGCACAGGGUAAAUUUAGGGGUCUUCCAUUAUUUAAUAACUCUUCGAUUCGAAAAGCGUGAGACCUGCGUAUUCUCACGCCAUUCAAUCCAAGGUAAUUAAAUAGGGGCAGCUGUCAUACCCCAAAAUUUACCUGAUGUGAUUCCCGUUUCAAUUUAUUAAGAAUGUUAAAAAUUAGGAGCCAUAGGGUCUGAUGCAUCUAUUAUCAAACCCGCUCUCCUAUGAAACUUCCUUAUAGGUUGAUUUAAAAUAAAUGAAGGUAUGAAUAGCAAAUGCUUAGGAUCCAAUUUGAUUUAGGCCCAUGUGUUUAUCACCAUUUAACCAUUGCAUAUUCCUAUUGCUACUAACUAUGUAUUAUUAAUGUUAUUAUUCCUAUUAUUAGUUUUAAAAUUAAUAUUGGGGUUAUUAAGAUUAAUCAAGCAUUGUUAUUAGUACUAAUUUAAUUGAUGUUAAUUAUUAUUAUUAGAAUUAAUAUCUUUAUUAGGUUAUUACUAGGAUUAUAUUGUUAACUAAUUUGAUUAGGUAAUUAGUUAAGUGGUUAAUUGAAGUUAUUGGGUUUUUGUGUUGUCGUUUUGUUAUUCUGGUGGGCCAAGAGAACCGGUUACGGGACUCAGUAUUGGGUCAUGGACUUUGGGCCAGGUUGCAUCAGGAGUGGACCGGGUCAAACCGACCCGGCCACUAUUCAUCUUCUUCCAAACUCAUGGCCGCCGCCCCCUACCUCUACCAAUCACAAACCCUAAAUCUGAAAACCAAAUACCCAAGCCCAGCAAAUUUCAAUCAACUCUCAAAUCUUCAGCCAAAUCUUCAAUACAAUCACAGACAAAUUCGUAACUGUCAUACCCUAAUUUUUGACCCCCCUGAGAUGACAUAUCUUCAGGAUUUUUCAUCAGGUCAAGACAAGUACCCAGAGCAGUCAUUUCUCUAUCUGGUAUCCAAUCGAGGAUGCUCAAAGACAAGAAAGCUCAGGCAAAGGAUCAAUCAAUACAAGGAUUAGUCCCUAAUACAAUCAUGGGGCUCAAGGACUUCAUUUUUCUCAUCUAUGAUUGAUUAGACAUCCAGUCAUCUGAGUACAGGUUUACUCAGGUCACCAGACUAGGGUUUUGAGCCUAUCAAGGACUAAAAAUCAGGGAUCACCUUUGGGAAACCCUAAAAAGCCCCAGGGGAUCAUUCAAAGACAUCAAUCAUCUUCAAAUAACUCAUAUGACAAGAUCCACUGGACAUUACAUCUCAGUUCAAAGCCUACAGUCAUCAUUGUCCUCUGGUCGACAAUUAGGGUUUUUGACCUAAUUCACCAAGAUAGUUGACUUCUGAUCAGGGCAUGAAUCCAAAACUCAAGACAUGAUUCAAGGAUCUCUACUACCUCAAUAUAAUCCAUUUAUAUCAUCCAUUUGAGGAAAAGAUCUUGUUUCUACACAAAAGCCCAAAAAUUCACUUUGUCAGGAAAAAGUCAACUGUGAAGGAUCAUCAUUGACUUUUAAGGUUUUUGGUCAAAAAAUGACUUUCAAAGAUCAAUAUCAUCAAUAUAUGUAUGUCAAAGUCAUUUGACCAAAGAAAUUCAAAGAAAUUCAUCAAGGAGCGAAAAGUCGGGAAUUAGGAUUUUUGAAGGCAUGGUGAGAACUCAAAAUUUCACCUACACAACUCAAAAAACUUCCAACAUGAAAGUUGUAGAUCUUGCAAAAUAAAAAAACAUCUUACAAAGGAACUUUUUUCAAAAGAUCAACCAUUUAUGAAGUUUUGGAAAUUUUGAAGUUUAGGUCAUAAACACUUAGAAAUUUUUCUAAGUGUUUUAACCUAGUUUUCAUCCAACUUUGGGCUCAUUUUUCACAAAUUUCCCAAAUGAUUCUGAAGAAGACAUAAACUAAUGAUUUAAAGUAGAUGUUUAGGGCUUUCCAAAUUGUGUUCAACCUUCUCCAAAUUCAAUUUGAGCUAGGAGUUAUGCUUGUUCAAAGUUGGCCUCAUGAAGUGAAAUUAUAGGUCAUGGACACUUUUGGACUUUGCAAAUUUUGUGCAAAUAACCUCUCUUAUGGAUGCUACACGACCCAUAACACAUCUGAAAACAUGCCAUGCAUUCAUUUUCACCAUGCCAUAAGGAUUGAAGAAGAUUCUAAAAACAAGAACAUGUGAUUAUGUAAUGAUUACAUUUGUGAAUUUAUGGCAAAUUGAUGAAUCACCCAAGGAAUCUUCUCACCAACCAAUUAGAGCUCAUUUCUGGCUCAGAAUUGUCCCCUAAGAUCAAGCAAAAUCGAGGGCUAGGGGAUUGAUCAAAUGGAAUCAAAAUUCCCAUCAUUGCAUAAGAGAUAUUUGCAAACUUCCUUCAUGGCUAAGAAACCAAAUCAACUUCACUAAGGAAGCUCACUCCUCUGCAGCUAUACUGAUCCAUUUGCCUAUAAAUACAGAUGCAUUCCUCAUUCAAAAACACACCAAAGCAACCAUAUUACUUGCUUUCUCUUUCUCUUCUCUUGUUCAUUGUUUUUCAAAGUUCUUUGGCAAGAAGAAUCGAUUUCUUCAAACCAGAGCUUAUCUUUGGGAAGUGAGCAUUCUAACAUCUCAAGGGAGGUCAUUUGAGGUGAUCCAAGCACCUGGAUCACUUCUGUAGGUGGAGGAACACCAUUGUUGCUCUCACUUUGGAGCAUCUGCAGUUGGAGGUCCAUGGAGUGAUUCAGAAGGUUUCAAGGCAAGCCAAUCAUCCAGACACACUCCUCAGGUCAUAGUGAAGCUAACCAGAUGGCUGCAGCUCAUCUGUAACUCGAGAAUCAACACCCUCCAUGUUCACUUGAAGCUCAAAUCGAGGGAGGUCCAUAGAACAAUUCAGAAGGAUUCAGGCUGCAAUAAGCAUCCAGUUAGCAUCAUUGAGUCUCCGGGAAGCUAUUGAGAUCAUUCAUUCAAGCCCAGGUGCCCUCAAUCAUCCUCACGACCUCCAUUUUCAGAGGUAAGUUUCUGAACUUCACCUCUCUAAUUUAAGUACUCUUUGUGAAAUAGCUCGAUUCUAUCUUGUUCAGCAUCAUCAGAGGAUUGAAAACCCUCUAUCAUCAUCCAUUUAUCUUUCAGUAUAGUCAUUUAAUUUAAAUUUGAAAUUUUAGGGUUCUUCACGAUUUCUGGUAAAUUAGUUAGAUGUAGUUAAUAUUAGUUCAUGUUAGUUACAUAUUUAGAAUCGUGAAUGAAUUUAGAGCAAGUUUCAUGUUUACAUCGUGGCAAAUGGUUGAGAAACGAGUGAGUUCAGAAAUUCAAAUUCAUGGAGCUUGAGGUUGAAGACGAAGAUGGUGGUGGCGCGCAAUUUUCAAACUCAGGUCUAAGUUUAUUUUAUUUUGAUUGAUACUUGUUUCAUUAACGACUAAAACGUGAUAGCCCAGUGGUAGAGUGUUUGUGAGUUGCGCGUGCCCAAGGUCUGGGGUUCGAAUCCCCCUCGCCCCAGACCUUUUGAUUUUAUUUCUUUUUUUACUUCUAUGCAUUUGAGUAAUAUAUGAAUUGCAAUGGAACCAUGCAUAUGACACCAAGCGCGCGUUGGCUCAGUGGUGUUGUUUUGGGCUGGUAAUACAAAGGGCGUGGGUUCAAACCUGGUUGGUGACAAAACCAUAUUUUUUUACCACUUUUCCCAUUUAACUCCUUCACAACUUUAACAAAUUAUUUAACCUAUCAAAAUAAAUCAUUUUCACUUCAUUUUUCACACACUUGUCAUUUAAUAUAUCUAUUUUAUGAAUAAUCAAAAAAAAAUCAUAAAAAUAUUAUUUAUUUCAUAUAUUUUUAUUAGGUUUAAAAUAGUAUGAUUUAAGUGUUAUAUUAAAAUGUUUUAAAUACAUAUAUUCAUUUUGUUUUAACUUAAUUACUUUGUGAAUCAUUUUAUGAUAAAACCCUAAUUGAUUAGGUCUUAAUUAAGUAAAAUCUUUAUUUUUACUUUAAUUAAGUUGACUUUUGUCAAUUCUUAAAACUGUUUUCAAUCUCUGAUUAAAUAAAAUGAUUAAGGUUUUCAAACAACAAAACCUUGUAUCAUUCAAAAUCAUUUUCAAAUUGCUCUCAUAACCAGUACUGUAAAGUACUGGGCCUCUAAUAGAGUGUAAGUCCCAAAAAUCUUCUCUUCUUAGCUUGUUUUCAAAAAUGUAUUUUCAAAAUCUUCUUUCUGUUUUCAAAACAUUCUUCUGGUAUUUGAAGGGCAUUAUUCCCGGUGAAACUCUUCAGAUACCUAUGUGACCUUUGUCCAUCUUCACUUCUUCUGUUUUCAAAAACCAUUAACUGUUUAUCAUAAAUAUUCAACUGUCAUCAA